AUGACCAGGCCAUUUGAUUUCGGAAAGCUGACUGCUGCUUUGAGUCGUGCCAAGGAUUCAGCACCUGGAACUGACCUGGUAACAGCGGCAAUGCUGAGGAAUCUUCCGAAAGUGGGAAAGCAGAGACUCCUGAUGCUGUAUAAUGAAGUUUUCAACAACUGCUCUUUCCCUUCAGCAUGGUAUAUAAUUAAAAUAGUGCCUAUUUUGAAGAAAGAAGCCGCAACCGAUCUGGCUGCCAUCUACAGACCGAUUGCGCUGAUGUCCUCGGUGAAAAAAUGCCUGGAGGUAAUGCUGAAAACUAGAUUGGAGAGGUUCGUCGAGUCUCGUUCCAUUCUUCCAACAUCUUUCUCGGGAUUCAGGAAAGGCCGCGGCACCAACGACAACAUCUGUACUCUGCUCGCCAAGAUACACAAAACUCUGUCCAGACGUUCCAAAGACAAAUGCCUUCACAUCUCAGGCUCCAACCCCGACUCCGAUUCCAGAUGUUCGUAUAUAGGUCUACCACAGGGCAGUCCAUUAAGCCCUCUUCUCUUUAACCUUUACAUUCAUGCCAUCAACGACAUCCUUCCGGAGGGCGUGGAAAUCUUAGCAUACGCGGAUGACCUGGCCAUCUGUUGUGCAGGAGCAGAUAGUGACCAGUUGGAGAAAACCAUGAACACAGCACUAGACAAUAUCUCUAAUUACCUGGGAGACAGACACAUGGAGGCAGUUCCGGCUAAAACGAAAGCCAUGAUUUUCACAAGGAAACGAUCACCAGCACAGCCGCUAUUAACAAUCAACGGAUCGGCCAUCGAGAUUGUGAAUGAGUUUAGGUUUCUGGGCGUGACUUUGGAUGACAAGCUUUCUUGGAAGUCUCAAGCCAGACAGUCUCAGUCAUGUUUCCAUGGUCUUAACAUCUUGAAAGUGGUGUCGGGAAGAGACUGGGGCUGCGAUCCCAUCACAAUGCUGACCCUGUUUAAGGCUUUCAUACUGUCUAGGCUGCAUUACGCCUGCUUUAUUUACUCUCAUUGUGCUAAAUCUACACUCAGAAUCCUCGAUCGCAUUCAGAAUCAAGCUCUUCGCAUAUGCAUGGGAGCAAUGAGGUCGACGCCCAUCAAUGUUCUUCAUGAUGCUUCAGUAAUGCCCCUCAGCAUUCAACGACGUAUGCUUACGAAGCGACUGCUUCUAAGGAACUUGGCCAUUGGGGAGACAUCCGUCGUCAUACCGUCAGUAACUGCCGCUGCUGAGGCUUUUUCCAGCAAGCCUUAUUGGAGAAGGAAGGAAGUGCCAUUGAUAAUCAAGUGUAUGGUGGAGAUAGAGGACUUGAGACCUUCCGUAGACAGCUCUGCAUUUGAACGACUGUACAUGCAUCCUCUAGUUCUGCCACUGCGAGUCUCCUCCCGGAAAUUCUCCAAAAAAAGGGAUGAAUUUGGAAACUCGUACGACAGAAUAUUUGCCGAGUUCGUGGAGUCUCACUACGAUGGAUUUCUGAGGAUCUAUACAGACGGCUCAAUACGCAACUCUCCGAAAUCCGUCACAUACGGAAUAGCCAUUCCAUACAUCUGCGAGUGCAGAAGAUUGCCAUCUUCCUGCUCUAUCUUCACAGCGGAAUUAAACGCAAUCUGCAGAGUAGUGAACAUAGCCUCCGUCAUACAUGGUGCAAGAAAUGUCGCAAUAUUCUCUGAUUCUUUGUCCUCUAUCAGAAGCAUUUUCAGUGAACAAAUCAAAAUAAAGACCAAUCCUUGGGUAGUAGAAGCCAUAAACUCCCUGAAUAGACUAGCUGCCGGUGGAAUUCGGGUGGAACUGUGCUGGGUUCCGAGUCAUCAGGGAAUCACUGGAUAUGAGCACGCGAACGAUGCCGCAAAUGAGGGCCACUCCAUCGACGACCCUUUGGAAAUCAAGAUCCCUCAUACAGACUUCUUCUUCGAUCACAGGCGGCUCGCUCUGGCCGAGUGGCAAAGGAAGUUUGACAGUGAUUGUGCAACAAAAGGGAAGUAUAACCAUCAGUUGAACAAAGUGAUCGGUGUGAAACCUUGGUUCGUGGGUGCGGGCAUCUUCAAGAAGUGUCAAGUGUCAUCAAUUGGCAGGCUCCGUUCUGGACACACCCUCGCUCCAAUCUACAUUCAUAGAUCAUCGCACUCUUGCGUCCUCAAGGGUGUCAACAAGACCAUCACCAUGAAAAAAAUUGAAGACGCCCUGAAAGACUAA